AAGUCGAGGAACUGACUUUGGCUUGUUUUAUGGUCGGGGGUAAGUAUUGACAAUGUUUCUAGAUCUACGUUAUCGCCUCAGAGUCUGAGACGACUCGCCUGCGCAGACAGUACGCGAGGUCACUACGAUGCGUUGGCGGACAAAUGUCUCAAUCGAGCAUGCUGCCUCCUAACGGCCAUACAGGUUCUCUUUAGCGAACCAAGAGGCAACAUGCCUUCAUAGGCGUAUAUAGUUGUUGAAAGGUCUCGUUGGUUUCUGCGCACAUCAGUCGCCUAUCUCAGUCACUCUAAACCUCCAUUUCAAUCGUUUCUCUGCCUUCAUCAUGCGCUUCUCUCACUUCUCGAUCAUUGCCCUGAGUGGCCUCUCCAUGGCCAGUCCCGUUGUUCAGAAGCGUGCGGACGUUGUCAGCCUUCUGACCGGUCUGUACGCUACCGUUCAGACCUAUACUGAAGCAAUCAAUGCCAAUCUUACUCCCCUCUCCGCUUCUUCUCCUCUCCUUGAGAAGGCCGCCGCGACAGCCGAAGUCGGUGUCAAGAUCAACCUCAUCACCACUGCUGUCACUGCGACCACAAGCGAGAUCAAAGUCCUGCCUCCUGUCAACUCGACUAUUGAGAAACGCUUCGCAAACAUCGAUGAAGACAUGCACGCCCAGCCCAAGGAGAAGCGUCAGCUCAUCGCUGUCAGUGCGAUCCUGGCUCUCAUCAUCGUGGAGACCUUCGCUACCGUCACUGCUGCUGUUGCUAUCUUGGGUCUUGCAGGUCUGCUUAUCUUCCUGAACCCACUGACGGGUGCUAUAUCGGCUCUUAUCCUUGCGGUGCAGCUGAUCCUUGAUGUGGUACUUGCUGACGUCAUUGCGCUCCUGGACGGACUUCUUACGUCGCUGGCUCUGGAUGUCUCGGGAUUUUAGGCCGUGGCAACCGUCGACAGGACAAUCCGUAGACAAGACAAUUCGUCUCCAAACAUGUCAGAAUUCAGAAGAGACAUGGACUUGUGUGUUGUAAAAGAUUCAUAGUGUGAAGCGUUGCGUUCGGGGAAUGGCGUAGACUGAGCUGUAUCGUCUCCAUUGUGCGCCUCGUCACGCCCGUGAAGCACAUAGAAUAAGAAAUCCAAGGAAUAAGAUCAUCA